GAGAAACAUAAGAAAUAGCUGAGAAUGUGAAGAUAUUUUAAGAAAAAUUGUAAUUAAAGAUUUUUUUGAGUUGCAAAAAAUGUCAGAUUGUAUUUUAUCUGGAUUUUUAUUAAUUAAGUCGCAAAAUGGUUUCAAUAUUAAACAAAAUCCAAAAAAGAAACGCUUUGUGAUGCUUUUUAAGCGUUCAAGUCAAGGAAUUGAGCGACUUGAAAUAGGUGACAGUGAGACUGACAAAAAUCUUCGACUCGUAACUUUAGAGAACUGCAUAAAAGUUAAUUCAGAAUCAUCAUCGUUAAUAAUAAAUGUCAUCACAAAAUCUGGUCAAAUAGUAUUUCAAUGUAACAAUGAAUCAGAAUUGAAUCUCUGGACGAAAUCUCUCCAAUCAGUAGCUUUUAACGAAAAAUUAAAUCUCUCAAAUUCUAAACGGAAUUCCAUAGUAGAAUAUAAUGAAUUAUACUGUUCGUCCUUCUCGGAAGGGAAAUUUACAUGCACAUUAACACCAACUGAUAUUACAAUCAAAAAUAAGUUAGAAUCAAAAGAUUACAUUCUUGAAUUAACAGCAACUGAGAUCCAGUUGAAGAAUACGGAAGAUGAAAGUAUUGUAGCUAAAUGGCCAUAUAGAUAUAUUCGGAAGUACGGUUAUCGUGAUGGAAAGUUUACAUUUGAAGCUGGAAGGAAAUGUGACACAGGCGAAGGAGUCUUUAAGUUGGAUAAUAACAAUCCGCAAGAAAUAUUUCGCUGUAUGUCAAAUAAAAUGAAAAGUAUGAAAAAAUUGUUAAACGGAGAUAGCUCUGGAAGUCUGGAUUGUGGUGAAAAUCAAUUAAAUGCAGCAUUAUCAAUGGAAGCAGGCUCACGAAGUCCAUUACCACCACUUAUUAAUUCUCCAAACUCACCCGAUAUUGAUAUGUCAAUGUCUAUGACUUCGCACGCAUCACUUCGUGGUUUUAUAUCAUCGACUGACUCAAUUCCUUUUAUUCAAACACCAACGACUCCACCAAUUCUACCGCCAGUACUCAAUAAAAAUACAUCAAUAAUGCCAAUUCCAAAUAAACCGCCUAGGAAAACAUUGCACAUAGUUAAUUCUAAUGAUCGAAUAAAUUCAAAUCAGCAGGAAACACUUGUUCAACUUGAUUCACCGCCUACACCACCAGAAAGAAAUAAGUCGAUGCUUGAUCGAUAUAGGGACUAUGAAUGCAUAGAAAAUAUUACGGAUGCAUGGAAAACAUUAGGUAUUGAUGAAGUUAAACAUACUGAGCAUGUCUCAAUACCUGACGAUGAAUUAGAGGAAUUUGUAUGGCAACGAAGUAAAUCAUUUAACCGGAAUGAAAUUAGAAAAAUGUCUAUUGUCGAUAUUAAUGAAAAUAAUCCAAGUACGAGUUCAAUGAAGUAUACUGAUCAGUCAAUUAUUGAUCCUGAAGGUGAUUAUGAUCGAUUGGAAUUCUUUCCUGCUUCUGGCAAUAAAAUUACAUCGUCAGGCUAUAAGACAAUCGUCCCAAUAAUUCCUUUACCAGCUAAAAAGAAACCAGUCAUAUCCGAUGAUUAUGAAAUUAUUACGCCUACGGAAUUACAGCCAUCAACAUCUCAAGAAUUCAAAGCACUUAAUUCACCAUCAAUUGUUCACGUUUCCGAACCUCCUCAAUUGUCUGCAUCACGUUUAGCCGACGAUAGCUAUUUAGGAUAUGGCAUUAUUAGACGUACAAGCCUUCCACAGCAAUCUGCAAACUUAUCAUUCGCAUCAAGUUCUUCACAAUCAACACCAGCUGUCUUGAUCAGCGACGAGGAUCUUUUGAGAGAUCACAGCAAUAAAUACAAUCAACUAGAAUAUGCAAUUGUCAGCAAGCCUAAAAGGGUAUAAUCACAAAUUCUUUAACUGACGGAGAUGCCAUA